CCUCGUCUGAUUCCGUAGUUUGGUCCCGCACAAACGCCUUCCUUUCCGAGAAACCGGACGUAAGUGCUGAAGGUCGUGAAUUAAACGAAGUAAACAAUGUCUCUUGUAAAGCCAGCGAUGAGAGGCCUUCUUGCCAAGCGUUUGAGGUUUCAUUUGCCCAUCGCCUUCGGUCUUUCCCUUGUGGCAGCAGCCGGCUUCAAGUACACAGUAACAGAACCCAGGAAACAGGCUUAUGCUGACUUCUACAAACGUUACGAUUCGAUGAAGGAGUUCAGUGCCAUGAGGGAAGCUGGUGUUUUUGAAAGUGUCAGACCCACUGGAAAAUAAACCACUGUCUUGUUAUGUUCCCCCUUCAUUCCUCCUCUACAACUGAAUCUUUAUGAGAUUAUCAGAUAUGAACACUGAUGUCUGAUGUUCUUAUUAAUACACAAAUAAACUAUUGACAGCCA